AUUCCCUCCGCCGAGGAAUCUAACGAGUCUUCUAUACCACCUUUAAGUGGAACAGCAGUCGAUCAGCUAGCGAAGAUCUACGCGGAGCCACAGCUUCGUGCCAGUCAAAUCCAACUAGACAAGAACGCAGAACCACCUUGGGAUCCGGAUCCGAAAGCCUGA